UAGAAAUGGAAUAAAAGCCGACCGUUCAGGAGAGAAAACAGACAAGGAAAUGAAAUGAUUUUAGUUAGCUUUUGAAGAUUACUGAGAAAGCCUAUAUUUAACAUACAUAAAUAAUUUUAGAUUGAUAUAAUGGAAACUCCAAAAAACAUACUACUAAUUUACAAAUACUUCAUAAGGUUUAAAAAUUGUAUACUAUUAUUCUUUAUUUUACAGAUAGCUUUGGUUUUAGUAUUUAUUUUUACGUGUAACAUGAUUUGUAAUACUUGUUAUUUAAGACUUUCGACAAAAGUAGCUUUUAGUUCAGUUGUCCAAUAUCGGGAUUUAAUCUCGAUAAAGAAUAAGAAAAACCAUGAAUGGUGCAGGUUGCAGAAAUGGAGAGUAAAUUGGAAAGGAAUGAUCGGUUCUUGUGAAGGUAAAAUGGCAUGGGAGAAAAGAGAAGUCAAUUCGUGGUAUAGGACUGAUCCAGACAAGAGUUACAUCAAGAAAUGGGAUCUUCAAAAUGCAGGCAAGUUCAGUAAAUUGUGGAUCCAGUCAGUAAGCAAGAAAGGCCACAUUAAAACAUUCGGAGGAGAUUCAUGGAGAAUCUACGUUAGACAAGGACCACAAUCAAUUGCUCCAAUUGUUAUUGAUCAUGAUAAUGGCUUGUAUGAGGUAGUUAUGCUUAUUACAGAGCCUGGCAACUACUCGGCGAAUAUCUAUCUUGACUAUACCUUAUGUGAUGGCUUAAGGGAACCACCGACUGGUUGGUUUAUUAAUGGAACAGACUAUGGAACAUACCUUGAUCCAAAAGAAGGCAUUCUGGGCAAUAUUGAACACGACCAUAUAAACCGUCUUUUAAACAGCUUCAAUUUUACAAUACAUGGAGAUGCUUCCUCGUCAUCAAAAAAAGCUCUAGACGACCAAGGAUGCUAUACCAAAUGUUCGUUGUUAUGGGAUGGUUAUGGAUAUUGGAAGGAGAAUGAAUGGUUCCUUUACGAAUCAAAACAUGUUGCAUCGAAACCUCCUUCUAACCACCAAGCUCAAACAAAGAGGUCUGGUACACUGUGGGUUUAUGGGGACUCACUGGGCAUGCGCUUUAUUGAUUCCAUGAAAGAGCAUCCGCUGUGCACAAGUAUUUUUGAUAGAUGUGGUUAUACCUAUAAUUGGAUAUACGAGGUAAAAGACAAGCGUCAUCCUCUGAAAGUAAGAACUGAAUUCAACAAAACUGUCGUCAUAAACAAGAUCAGACAACUACUUGAAAACCAAGACAUCAAUCAACCUGAUAGCAUCUUCGUGUUCAGCCUUGGUGUUCAUUUUCCAAUCUCCUUGAGCUUUUCUUCGUAUCAAGAUUUGAUAGAAUCCGUUAUAUUAUUACUGAAUGAAAAGAAGAACGGAAGAAAAGCCUUUCAAGGGACUGCUGUAUGGAAAAGUACGACAGCUAUAGAAAAACAUAAGAUUACUCGUAUUCCAUGGCCCGCUAAGCCUCUGAACUACACCAUGUUUAGAUUUCUGACUACACAGAGGAAUCAACUGUUCCAUACGUUCUCCAUGAGCGCCAUGUGUAAGGCAGAUAUAAAGGUAUUGGACGUGUAUCCCCUCAGUACGGCAUUCCACCAAGGUACACUGGACUACGUGCAUUAUAACGAUACUGUAUUCUAUCCUGCAGCAAAUGUUAUAAAGAACUAUGCGAUUGCAUCAAGGCGGCGAAGACAGGAGAAUACGAAAGAAUAGCAACAAGAACAUUAGAGUGUAAUUUAAUUCCUUGAAUUUAAAGUUUAGAAAUCUGAAUUUUUGAUUCGAAUUCAUAAGUAAGAAAAAGAUAAUUUUGAAGCGACACGAUGUAACCGGCAUGCAGAUGAAGAUGUCAUUUCAAAGUUAAAACAAAAAUGAAUAAAUGAAAAAUAAAAUUA